CCGAGGCCGGAGGCGCUACGCGAGGCGGCGGUCGUGACGGCGGCCCCUGGGGCCCGGCGCGGAGGCCUCUUCCAGCCCCAGUUGGAACAAAUACAGCAGGAAUUCCUAUACCUAAUGAGAGAGGUCCAGGUGCUUCUUUUGUCUUACUGUUGUAAUAUUAAAUCAAAAUGCCUAUAAGACCAGUUCUCCAGCAGUUGGAAAAAUGCAUUGAUGAUGCUUUAAGAAAAAAUGAUUUCAAACCUUUGAAAACACUUUUACAAGUUGAUAUUUGUGAAGAUGUGAAGAUUAAAUGCAGCAAGCAGUUUUUACACAAAUUGGAUGGCCUUAUAUGCAGGGAGCUUAAUAAAAAGGAUAUCCAAAUAGUUUCAACCAUUUUGGUUUCUUUUGGAAGAUGUGGAAAAAAUAUCACUAUAUUGGGGCAAGCUGGACUUUUAACUAUGAUAAAACAAGGACUGAUCCAAAAGAUGGUUGCAUGGUUUGAGAAAUCCAAGGAUAUUAUUCUCCGUCGAGGAAAUUCAAAAGAUGAGGCCAUUAUAAAUGUGAUAGAAGACUUAUUUGAUCUUUUGAUGGUCAUACUUGACAUCAGUGAUGAAGGUAGAAGGCAAGUAGUGGAAAGUUUCGUGCCUCGAAUCUGUGUCCUAGUUACUGACUCAAGAGUGAAUAUUUGUAUUCAGCAGGAGACUCUAAAAAAAAUGAAUGCUAUGCUUGACAAAAUGCCUCAAGAUGCCAGGAAAAUACUCUCUAACCAAGAAAUGUUAAUUCUCAUGAGUAGUAUGGGAGAAAGGAUUUUAGAUGCUGGAGAUUACGACUUACAAGUAGGUAUCGUAGAAGCACUAUGUAGAAUGACUACAGAAAAACAAAGACAGGAACUGGCAUGUCACUGGUUUUCAAUGGAUUUUAUUGCUAAUGCAUUUAAAGGAAUUAAAGACUCUGAAUUUGAAACAGAUUGCAGGGUAUUUCUCAACCUUGUAAAUGGCAUGCUUGGAGACAAGAGAAGGGUCUUUACGUUUCCUUGUUUAUCAGCAUUUCUUGAUAAAUAUGAGUUACAAAUACCUUCAGAUGAAAAACUUGAGGAAUUUUGGAUAGAUUUUAAUCUUGGGAGCCAGACUCUGUCAUUCUACAUUGCCGGAGAUAAUGAUGACCAUCAUUGGGAAGCAGUGACUGUGCCUGAGGAUAAAGUACAGAUAUACAGCAUUGAAGUGAGAGAAUCGAAGAAGCUACUGACCAUAAUUCUGAAAAACAUCAUAAAAAUUAGUAAAAGAGAAGGGAAAGAAUUGCUUUUGUAUUUUGAUGCAUCAUUAGAAAUCACUAAUGUGGCACGAAAAAUUUUUGGUGCAAGUAAAUAUAGGGAAUUUACCAGAAAACAAGGUAUCUCAGUUGCCAAAACAUCUGUACAUAUACUUUUUGAUGCAAGUGGAUCACAGAUUCUAGUGCCAGAAAGUCAAACCUCACCCAUUGAAGAGGAACUCAUUACUUUGAAAGAAAAACCUAACUCCCAAAAGGAAGAUGUGAAACCUCCAAAAAACAUCAAAAACAGUAGUCAAGUGGAUGGAAAGAAUAGUCAGCUGGAGAUAAUUACUCCUGGCAAAAGAAAAAUGUCUGAAGCAUCAAUGAUUGUUCCUGGUGCAGAUAGAUACACUGUGAGAAGUCCAAUACUUUUAACCAAUACCUCAGCACCCCGAAGAGGAAGAACUAAACCACCGCUGCAAAUGACGAGUUCUGCAGAAAAACCCGUUACUCCUAAAAUGUCGGAAGGUCAAGUGGGCAAUGCCGUAUCUCUUAUAUCUAGACCAUCUGAAGAAAGAAAUAGUGGAGAUAAUACAGACAAAGUAACUUUACUUUGAAAACAUUUUUAAAAAU